CUUGUUGAGAUUGUUGUAAAAGUUGUUGAUAUGUGUCAUCAGUUAAUGAUUGUUGUUGUUCAAAAGUAUUAUUUAGAUUUAAAGAGAGUAAUUGUUAAAGUGUUAAGCUUGAUUCUUGUUGGUUUGAAGAAGUAUUUUGGUCUUGUUGAAA